CUCUAUUUUAUUGCCUUUAACUCUAUUUUCUUUUCUCUAGGUGAAUUUCUUACAACCGUCCUUCAACUUCUUUCCUUAAUCUACAUUGUCCUGAAAAUCUCAAAUUAGUCCCCUAUUUUUAUUCACUUCACUUCAGUUGAUACGUUUAGUAAUCACCUGUGUAUGGAUAAAUUCGUUUCCAAGAUGCCUUACAAGUUCCCAAGUGAUUUGUAUGUCCCGAUUAAUAAUUUCAGCUAAUUAUGUAAGUGGAAUAGACGUGAGAGAGAAUUACAUUAUGAAAAUUUAAGGAAUCAGCUGAAAAGUUUUUCAACACCAAGGACCAAAGUGAAACAUGACAAAAAUUUUUAUUUUUUUAUUUUUAAAUUAUGCCAUUUCUUUUUCGGGGAGCUUUCAUUGCUGAAAAUCUCAAAUCAUCCAAUCGAUUCUUUCUUAUCUUCUGCCCUUUUAGGCCUCUAUAAAUAUCACCCCAAAUCUACCAUAAUUUUAUAGUAUCACACACAUUCUACACCGAGAGCAAGAGAUUAGUUUAAACCCACGCAAAACACACACACACACAAAACAAAGAGAGAAACCAUGGCAAACUUCCCCAUAAUCAACAUGGAGAAGCUCAAUGGUGAUGGAAGGGCUGCUACCAUGGAAGUCAUCAAAGAUGCUUGUGAGAAUUGGGGCUUCUUUGAGGUGUUGAAUCAUGGCAUAUCUCCAGAGCUAAUGGACACUGUUGAGAAGCUGACAAAAGAGCAUUACAAGAAAUCCAUGGAGCAAAAGUUCAGGGAAAUGGUGGAGAGUAAAGGGUUAGAAGCUGUUCAGAGUGAAAUCAAAGAUCUCGAUUGGGAAAGCACCUUCUUCUUGCGCCACCUCCCUGUUUCCAACAUCUCUGAAGUCCCUGAUCUUGAUGAUCAAUACAGGAAGGUGAUGAAGGAAUUCGCACUGAAACUGGAGAAACUAGCAGAGCUGCUGUUGGACUUGCUGUGUGAGAACCUUGGACUUGAGAAAGGGUAUCUGAAGAAGGCCUUUUAUGGGUCAAAGGGCCCAACUUUUGGGACCAAAGUCGCAAACUACCCACCUUGCCCUCGUCCGGAACAGAUCAAAGGCCUCCGGGAACACACCGACGCCGGCGGCAUCAUCCUGCUCUUCCAGGAUGAUAAGGUCAGUGGGCUUCAGCUCCUCAAAGCUGAUGGUCAAUGGGUUGACGUUCCUCCCAUGCGCCACUCAAUUGUCGUCAACAUUGGUGACCAACUUGAGGUAACACUAAUAAUGUACCUACUAGUAAUACACUAAAAAAAAAACGUGACACAUUUAUUCAUUGUUAUCGUAAUGUUAUUUAAUCUUUUUCGACAUUGAUGAAAAUCGCGACUAAAUAAUGUCAUUGUUGUGUUUUUACGCAGGUGAUAACAAAUGGUAAGUACAAGAGCGUGGUGCACCGGGUGAUUGCUCAAACAGAUGGAAACAGGAUGUCAAUUGCAUCUUUCUACAAUCCAGGAAGUGACGCUGUCAUCUAUCCGGCGCCUGAAUUGGUGGAGAAGGAAGCAAAGGAGAAUGAAAUUUAUCCAAAGUUUGUGUUUGAGGAUUACAUGAAGCUCUAUGCUGCUCUCAAGUUUCAAGCCAAAGAGCCCAGAUUUGAAGCCAUGAAGGCCGUGGAAAGCACCGUGAAUUUGGGUCCAAUUGCAACAGUUUGAGAUUGAUUGGAAAACAAUUUAUUAAUGAUUGGAAUCCAGUGUUGCAUGCAAGUCUCUGUUAAUCCCAUCCUAGUAUAGUAGUAGUAAAUCUCAAUGAACUGAGUUUGUAUAAUUCUAGUACGUUUGGUGUAGUCAUUUUAAGAUCUGGAUUUGGGAUGAGUUGAUAUAAUUAUCUGGUUUGUCAGAUUUGAUUUGCUGGGCUGUGUAUUAUUAGUUGCCAAAAGUAUCCCAAAGAUUUGCUUUCUACUUUGGUCACCUAAUCAAAAUGAGAAUCUACCAAAAUUUGGACUUUCCCCACCCCUUUAGUUACCUUUUACUUUAGUACUAUGUUAAAAAGGGAUGUACCAAUUAACAAUUGCAAAAAGGUGUUUAUGACUAAUGAGACAAGCUUAACACUCCUAAGCAUAUAUUAAAAUGAUGGUAUAAACUUUAUCCAACAUUUACAACUGUUCUGCAACGUGAGCCACUCCCCACUAUAAACCAUUUGCGUGAGUUUUGGUUUUGGUUGGGUGCUGAAAGAGAACUCUUUUCAGUAUCUUUUUUCCAUUUGGAAUGUUGUUUGGUUAUCGUUCUUUGACUUGAAAAUGAUGAUUCUGCGACUUGCUGCCUAGUGUCUUUCAGCCUAACAAACAAAAGGUUAUUUCACGUUCCCACAAAAAUUCCACGUGUUGAUGUAAAGGCACCAAUAAUUCUGAAAAAAAGAACUUCACUAUGAAGAUUUCGAGCUUAGAAUUUCGAUCAAUUCCGAAUCCAAGUUUAACUGUUUAGAAGUCACCAGUAUUUUCAUUGUGAAGCUGGUCUAAGGUCAAUUCAGAGAUUAUGGACCUCAUCCUAUGCUUAUUGCUGACAAGAAUUCUUUUACCUUUAUUCAGGGGACUUCAACUUUCUAAGAGCUGGGAGCAUCUACAUCCAAAAAGAGCUCUUUUAAACCUUUGGAAUCUUGACAGGAGAGGGCAAGGGAAAGGGAAAGGUGAAUCCCCCUUGUAUUGAUAAUGGAUCAGUGUUAAAAUCAAUUCGACCUAAGAUUUUCACCAGUUUGUCUGAUAUAGAAAUCAAAAUGACAACUAAAUACUGCAAGCUUUUCCAUCAAUGAAGUAUGAAAAACACCCAUUCAUUGAAGCCUUAAACUACGUAGGGAAAUCGACAUGUGCCUUAGCUAACUCAGGAUUAACUGUAAUCUGUCUCGGAAAGAAAGAAAUAAAGUUACACUUCCCAGUAUGAACUACGACAAUACAGUUCCGACAAUAGAAAUAAAAUAGAUUUGGAAAGGGCAGAAAUUAGUCCUCUACUAUGAAGGAAAGGUUACGUCAUUCAAAAUUUGUUGGGCACAGGAAUUGCUCAAGAAUAACUACGAAGAUCAAAGAAUUAACAACCAAAAAGAGUAACUUCAGAAGCCCUGAAUAACCACAGACUCCGAGAAACACACAAGCAAUAAUAUAGCAUGCAUUACCAUCAGCUGGAAGCCUGGAACAGCUUCAAAGUAUUAGGAGUACGCUGAAAUCCCCAAGAAAACUAUCCCAUCCUAAUGAGAACAUGAUGAAUAUGAAACACCCCGAGUAUUUUCGACAUUUGAGCAUCCCAAAGCAGAGCUAGUCCUUUAGUCCAGCCAAAUUUGAAGCCAUUAGAGAUAGCACCGACUUGAUACAAAUCAGUCACCUGCAGUCUGUUUGGCCCCAUUUCCUUCAUUACCCUCCCCUUCAUUCAGAUCCUUUACCUGUUUCUCCUCUGGUCUUUCUACGAUGGCUUCUUCAUUGGAGCAAUGAUUCUUCAAGACGGUUGCAAUGUCGGUUUCAGAAGCUCCAGCAAGCUUGAAUCUUUCGACUGCAGUAUCUAAAUUUUUCUUCCAACCAGCCAAUCCUAACUUAAACUCAACUUGAGAGCGCUCGAAAAGCAUAUUACCCCAGAACAGAUGUAUCUGAGAUCUCAUAACAGCGGCUUGUUCUGCUGCCUCUUCAGCAGUAAGUUCCCCAUGACUACCACUAGCCGAUGAGCCUUCAUUUUCUCCUCCAACCUUUUUCCGCCUUCUCAAUAAUUCUUCCUUCUUGCUUGCUGCAUUCGGAUCUUUUAAGUCAUUUGCUCUUUGCUCCUCCAGCUUCUCCCACAUUACGGUUGCUGCUUUCAUUUUUUCUUCUGCACUGUCAAAAAGUUGCAGUGUCUCAGUGGAAUCCCAUUUGGACAGGUCUUCUUUCUUAGCCAAAACAAAAGACCAAUGGAGUUUUGCCAUUUCAAAUUGCUGCUGCCCUAGUGCCAAUAGGCCCUCAUAAAAGUCCGGUUUAAUGGAGAGAGCCUCUUCGUACUUCUGUCUGGCCAGAGAAUACUUUUCCCUAACCCAAUCAUAAGCGGUUUGAAGUUGUGUAGCCAUGAACUCUUUCGAAGCUGAGUCAUCUAUGGGAAUCCUUUUUCUUGCUGCACACAUAUGAACAUUUCCCCAGUUAAAGAAAGCAAGAGCAGCCACCUCCUGGAACUUGAGAGCUGCCUUAUCAAAAAGGGUUUGAGCUUCUUCACUUGUCACCGUUUCCUCAAGAGCUUCUGAACAAAGCUCCAUUCCCAGCUCGUGAAGAUCAAUAUGAGCAUCUGGAUCAAUUCCAACAUGCGUGCGGAACAACUGCGCAAACUCAAACAACCAAUCGUCCAUCUCUACUUCCUUGCACUCAGGAUCCUCUGAAGUUCCAGCUUUCUCUUUUGGUUCUUCCUUUUCAUUCUUGUUAUCAACUUCAUUAUCCACAGCUUCAACUACAGACUCACCUAAUGAAGAAUCAGAUGCAUUCUCGUCACCUUUUAUCUCCUCGGUUUCAGGAGGUUUCUCCUCUUCCUCAUCUAACAAUGCUGGCUCUUGUUCGGGACUCACCUCAACAAUAUGCAACCUUAACAUCCCAACUGCUUGCUUAUUAUCAUCAUCGGGGUCUUUUGAACAAAGAUUAUUAUCAACUAAUGACUCUGCCAAACGGAGCUCUGCUGUGCUAGUUAUUGUUACUAAAUCAUCGUCAUUAUCUUUGUACUUAAUCAGGACAUAUUUGGACAUUGGGAACCGUUUUCCGACAAUAUCCCUCAACACUUUAAAAUUGCAACUCACCGGCAUUUGAGCUAGUCUAAUAUCAUGAUCGUAAACAAGCUUCAGCUGUCUCCAUUGAGUGGUAACUGCUGCGGAUUUUUCAUGUUGCAGAACAGGUAUCGAUGUUGAUGAUAGGGGAUCCUUCAUGCUAUCUUUAGCUGAAUUGGCACCCAGUUUUGCAGCACCAUGGGAAGGCUUCAAAACAACUUUUGGCAGCUGUGAUUUUGCCUCUGCACCAUUCUCAGUAAGCAAAACUGAAUUAGCCUUGUCUAGUUUAUGGUUUGCUGUUACAGUAGUAGGCCCCACAGCUGGAGGUGCCGCCUUCUUGUUUACAGGCCGAGCGGGCAAGCAAGGUCCAAGACCACCAAUUGGAGCCCCCCGGACAGCAGAGGCACCAAGAGCAGCAGGCGACGGGCGACUCUGGAGAUCCUGUUGGGCUUCCUGACGAGGACCAAUGGUGGCCAUCCUCAAUCUCCCAGCAAUCUCCAAAGCAUCUUUGUGAUUAGGAUCAGCACUUAACAAUACUUGCACAUCCUUCAUUGCCAUAUCAUACUUCCCCGUUGCCUCAAGCGCACGGGCCCUUCGCAAAAGAGCCCGCACAAAUCCAGGCUGAACUUCAAGUGCCAGGGAACACUCUGAAAUUACAGUAUCAUAAUCUAUUGGCUUCAUUUGCAUUAAACAGGCCGCCCUGUUACUAUGAAAAACUGCUCUUUCGGGAUGUGUUUUUGGAAUUAGUUUAAGGGCAGAGUCAUAUUGCUGGAGAGCCCCUGCAUAAUCCUUAGCCUGAAACCUCUUAUUUCCCUCUUCUUUAAGUUCAUGGGCUCUUCUCAAGAAAAUUGAAGAGUCCAAAUCCACACCACCAUUAGCAACAGGUGGAUGGUUAUUAUUACUAUUCUGCCCAGUAGAACCUUGAUUUUGGUUUUGGCUAGAUGAACCCUUCUUUUUCCUACUCCCAGAUUUCCCCAUAUACCUUCUCUCAACAACCUCUCCCUCUCUCCUAAAUACUCAAACUUUAACCAAAAAAUUUAAUCUCGGAAUUCAGAAAAAUAACCAAAUUCGUGUAUGAAUUGAAGUUAAUUUCGUACAAGUGAAGGGGAAUAAAAUUACCAAGACACGAACCAGAGAUUGAGACUUACGAAAAAAUAUAGCUCAAGCCAAAUGAAACCUCAAAGUCCCCUCGACCAAAUUGGAGCAAUCCAGAUGCUGAAACGAAGAAAUGGUGAAUUAAGGGAAAUGGGUUUUGGAUGAAAUGCAAUAAAAUUGAGCAGGGAGAGAAUGAUAAAAACGAGGGGUUUUGGAGAGCUUGAAAACCCUAAAUUGGGAAAGGAUUUGAGAUGAGAGCUGAGAGCUCUGAUUAUUUUUUACACUGAAUAUCCGAUGUGGAACCCACCUUUUAGGCCAUAAUUAACAUGCUCGUGUGGGAAUUACGUGGCAAUUUAGAAG